AUGUGGGUUCUACCAGAACGCGCGCUUCUGGUUGAGUUCCUGCCAGCAUUGAGACAUGAUCACUUUUACCUGGUGGUCCGUAAGACGGCAGGACAGGUUAGCCUGUAUGAUCGGCUUACAACGCCUUUCUCCCCAUUUACACUUCAGGGGUGGAUGACCGUGCUUGCCUACCUCACCGCUGUGUCCACGGUUCUUUGGCUUGCCCUCCUUUGCCAGAAGCAAGGACAGUACGACGAGUUCUUGGAGGAGAAGGUAGAGUGGGCAAACUUGGACAUGGAAGAUGCAUUCGCAAAAUUGGAGCAUGCAAGAGAGGAGUUGGAAAAAGCACGCUUGGAGCCACGAAACACCGAAGCCCUUGCCAAAGCAGAAAGCACGGUAAAAGAGGCAGCUUUGAAUCAUGCCAAGAAGCAAAGACACGAGGAAGAGCUGGAAGCUGGGUUGAAAGCUAAUAAGAAGUUGAAGUUGCUUCAGUGGUCUAACCUUUGUCAAUUCGCAAGCUUGCGGCAGAAUCUGCACCUGCUUGCGGGUACCUGGUACGAUGUCUGGGCGCAUUUUCUUGGACAAGACAUGAUCUAUGAAGGCGACAAGGUACCGGGAGCCUUCAAAAUGUUUUCCUUGGCUUUUGCUUUCUUCAGCAUCGUUACACUGGCAACCUACACAGCCAGUCUCGCAAGCAUGCUCGUUGCAGAAAGGCAGCUGGUUGGCGAAAUCAGCAGCAUUGAGGAUGCCAUUGCAAGACAGUACACGCUCUGUGUACCUGAUGUGCUGCGUAAGUCUGUGGAAAAUACAUACGGGGAGUUGAAGAUCUUUUCGUGCAAAGAGAUUCAGCUCUGCCCCCGCGAGAUGCAGUUAGGGAACUGUCGAGCGAUGAUUGUGUCGGAGCAGAUCAUAUCAAGAAUGCACGCAGGCCGGAUCUUCGAGGCUGACUGCAAACAAAACAGGACCUUCUGUGAGGACUCUGAGGGGAAUCCUCGCAAUGACUGCAGCCUCAUCGCGGUUGGAUAUGUCCUCACAAGUGUGCCAAUUGCAUUCCCGGCCAGCGAGAGGCUCGUAAGGAGCCUGUCAUGGGCGUCCGCCUCGCAGCAUGCGAAGGGGACGAUGCAAGCCGAGAUGCGGGCUCACUCUCACGAGUUUCCGAAGUCAAUCUGCGAUGCGCCGACGCAGCAAAGAACUCUCGCUCUUGGUGCCGAGGACCUCAGUGGCAUCGUCAUCAUAUCUGGCUUCUUUGCUGGAUUGGCACUCGUGCGCUUUCUUUGUACACAGUACUACGUCCACAAGGAGAAGCAGAAGUGCAGAGAGAAGAUUCGGCAGGACAGGGAAUACAGAAGGAUGGGGGCGCAAACUCUUGGGAGUUCGUCACGCAGGAUGCAAAUCGUUGUAAAGGAAUCCGAGUGA